AUGGCUACCAUGGCCGCAGCCCCUUUGAACCCUCGCCGUUUCCCGGUGUCCGGGUUCACCGAACUUGAUCCCGCAGUACCUAUUGAAGAGGAGUUGCUGCCGGACUACAUUGCAGAAAUGUAUUAUCCCGUACGUAUCGGAGAAGUGCUCAAUGGCAGAUAUCAGGUUGUCUGCAAGCUUGGAUAUGGAACAACUUCCACAGCAUGGCUUGCUCGCGACCUCCGGAACGCGGACGAUGGCUUCACCUAUGUUGCAUUGAAGAUAUAUGUCAACAGAUAUAUCAAACGCGACGAGACAGCCAUCUAUGAUCGGAUCCAUGCUGCAUCCAAUGUGGAAAGACAUCCGGGCUGCCGGUUUGUUCGUAAACUGCUGACGUCCUUCGAUAUACAAGGACCACACGGGAAACACCUCUGCGUUGUUCACCAGGCACUUGGAAUGAGCAUGGAUCAGCUUUUGCGAUGCUUUCCUCGACGAUCUAUUCCAAUGGACUCAAUGAAGCGAUGUCUCCGCCAGUUCCUUAUCACACUGGACUUUCUACAUACCGAGGCCGGAAUCAUACACACUGGUUAG